AUGUCUACACCCACAUUCCAAACCACCAAGCCGUUUACGCGACUUUUCAACUUGUCCAAAUUUAAGUUGCUAGCCGUGUUCCUAGCACUGUCCAUAACCCUUCUUUUGGCAUCAUAUGGCUGGAAAAAAAGUCUCGAUCAUCAAUUACCCGCAUUGCCUGCGGAAAACAAUGAUCCGGAACCGGAUUUUUGGAAUUGGCAGACAAUCACCCAUUUUCAAAAGUAUAAAUCGAAAGGUCCAUUUACAGCGGAAGACAUAUGCGCCGACUUCCCUUCAAACAUUCUCGAACGCGUCCAGGUGGUCUUGAAAACUGGCGCGACGGAAAGCGCAGACCGCAUCGAUGCCUCCAUGAACUCAGUAACGCGCUGCAUCUCCAACCUCCUUGUCGUCUCGGACCGUGCGACCGAGCUCCACGGACAUCGCGUGCACGACGUUCUCGCCGAUCUGGCACCCCUUGCUGAACAAUUGAAUGUCACCGAUUUCAAAAUGUACGAAGCGUUGCGAAACGGCGACAAGAACGUCGGUGGUGCGGAGGGUUGGCGGCUAGAUCGCUUCAAAUUCUUGCCGAUGAUUGAACGUGCAAAGGAAGCGAAUCCCACCGCUGAAUGGUUCGUUUUCCUCGAGACAGAUACGUAUAUAUUUUGGGAUAAUCUGUUUAGACUACUGGAUCAGUUUGAUGCAGGUGUGCCCUUGUACUUCGGUUCGCCUUCGCCAGGGUUUUGGCUGGAAAACGAACAAAGAGUAUGGUUCGCAUAUGGAGGCUCUGGCUUCGUUCUUUCUAGAGCGGCCGUCGAGAUCCUGACAGAGCGUGAAAUCGGAGAAUACGGAGAAUAUCUCGAGCCCUCUGUCAGCGAACGCUAUAUGGAAGUGGUGGAUCGCGACUGCUGUGGAGACUCGGUACUUGGAUUUGCACUUUAUCAAAAAGGAAUCAACAUAUCUGGAUUGUGGCCCAUGUUUAAUGCGCAUCCUUUACAUGGGAUCCCUUUCGACGCCAAGCACUGGUGUCAACCCGUUAUCAGCUUGCAUAAAUCCUUGUUCUCCGAUAUGACGGGAUUGGCUAAAUGGGAGAGCAAGCGGGACAGAACGAGCCCCGUCCUAUAUUCCGACCUAGUCGAUUAUCUUCAAUUAGGAGCACUGCCAGACCGAGUCGAAUGGGACAACGGUGACUUUGGCGGGCAUAUUGAACCGCCGGAGUCUGCAGCGCAUGGCUCAUUGGACGCGUGUCGACAAGCAUGCCAAGAUAGUGAUGCGUGUCUCUCAUUUACUUGGGAUUCGGCUGGGCAAUGCGUGUUUGUUCGCACAAUACGUCUUGGGGCCGGGAAGAAGGUCUCGCCUAAUAAACUCACGGCUGGGUGGGAUAAUCCGGGGAUCCAAAGGUGGCGCGAUGACAAUAGGUGUGAGGCGCCGAUGUGGGUGAAGCCUAGCAUUAAGAGAAUCUUUUAA